GAAAAAUGAUAAACCGGCGGUGCACCAAAUCAGGCGUUUAGUCAUAGAAGUCACAAUGAGUGUACGAACAAAUCCAUUUAAUACUGAAACAGACGGCGUUCUUAUCACUUAUCACAAACCAAUCGCCCUUCCCAAUACCACACACGAGAAUUUCCCGGCACCGGAGCCACCAUGGACGCUGCCACCGAAGCUCACAACCAUCAUAUGCACGGCAUGACACCGCCACCGGACUCCUCCACCGCAUCGCCGGAAAUGAUGCACCACAAGAUGAUGAUGCACAUGACCUUCUUUUGGGGAACCAACGCCGAGAUUCUGUUCCAUCGCUGGCCUGGCGAGCGCUCCGGCAUGUACGCCUUAGCCUUAAUCUUCAUCUUCGUGCUUGCUUUUCUCGUCGAAUGGCUUACACAUUGCCGAUUGAUUAAGGAAGAUUCGAGCCGGGCAGCGGCAGGAUUGAUCCGGACUCUGAUGCAUACGGUUAGGGUUGGAUUAGCGUAUUUAGUGAUGCUUGCGGUGAUGUCGUUCAAUGUUGGAGUGCUUUUGGUAGCAAUCGGUGGACAUUGCUUGGGAUUUUUCUUGUUUGGGAGUAAAUUUUUCAAGAGAUCGGAAGCGGUUUCUGCUUAUGUCAAGUUGUAAACGGAAGAGGGGAAAUGGUAAAUUGGAAAUGCUUUGGAUUCAGAUUUCAGGGAUAAUUCAUCUUGUAAUUUUUCUAUCUCGCUGUUCAUCGUUUUCAUUUAGGAUUCUUAAUUUUGUAAUUGUAAGCAAGAACUAUGAAGAUAUUUAGUGGUGUUUAGGAUUCAUAGUCGCUAUCUAAACUUAGAAUUCGUGAGUGUUCAUUCAUAUUGUCAAAUUUUUCAAUGAUAAUGUUAAAAUUUUCUAUUUUUGUUUUUUUUCA